GUCUCCCUCCAAUUCCCAUUUUUCGCCAAUUUUCUUUCACUUUCUUGGUUGAUUUUUCUAGAAAGAAGAAAUAAAAAACUAUCCUAAACACUUUACCUCAAACUCUCCAGAAACGAAUAUUUGAUGUUGUAUAACAUGACCCUUUUCAUUUGAUUAUUUCAGAUCUGUGGAUCUUUACACUCUAUGCUUGUUAUGAUGAGAUCUAAGCAUGAGAACAAUAAUAAAGGGAGAGAGAAGAAGCUCUUGACAAGAAUCUGAGGAAAUUCAUUUCUUAUUUUCGUUUAUUUCUUCAUCGCCGCCAUUGUUGCUCUACAGUGAGCUUGGACAGUUGACACCUGUUAUUCAAAUUCAGAAGUCAUCACUGCAAACAUACUCAGGCUUUUGCUCUAUCAUAGCUCUGCAACAAUUUCGCUUCAGAAACCAAAAAAGAAAGAGAAAGGUGAAUGCUUGAUUAGAGCUUAGCUGGCUUCACCUGUACACUCUCUCUCCGGCGACUAUCUUUUCUUCUCCGGUAGAUUCUUCGACCUUUGAGCUAAACCGGAAAAGUAUCAUGAGAGUAGCGUUACAAUGGAGGUUGACGACGACAUUGACGCACAGCAAAAACAACAACAACAACCACAAAGCAGAAAGCAGCAGAGAAUCUCCGACGAAGACAUUACCGGAAUGAGGAACUGGAACAACCCAUCUUCUCGAAUCAUUAGGGUUUCUCGAGCUUCCGGUGGCAAAGACAGACACAGCAAAGUCUUGACCUCGAAAGGUUUAAGAGACCGGAGAAUCCGUCUCUCAGUCACUACAGCGAUCCAAUUCUACGACCUACAAGACCGUCUCGGAUUCGAUCAGCCAAGCAAAGCCGUUGAGUGGCUAAUCAACGCAGCUUCUGAUUCAAUCUCCGAUUUGCCAUCGAUCAACACGAAUUUCGACCAAGCACUCUCGCUGUCCAAAUCCGCUUGUAGUAGCGGCACAUCUGAGAGUUCGUUGUUGUCUUUGUCGAGGACAGAGAUUCGUGGGAAAGCGAGAGAGAGAGCUAGAGAGAGAACAGCUAAAGAGAAAGACAAAGACUUGCAAAACGCACAAAGCUCCUUCACUCAGCUUCUCACCGGCGGUUUCGACGAACCUAACCGAAAUUGGACCGGUGGUGGUGGUUCUGAUUGUUUCAACAACCCGGUUCAGCUCAUACCAAACUCGUCUUCUUCUUCUCUUCCUCAUUUCAACAACAAUCAUCAUCGUCAAGAGACGUCGAUGAAUCAGUUCUCGUUUGUGCCGGAUUACAACUUUGGAAUCUCUUCUUCUGAUUCUCCCGGAGCAGCCGCCAUUAAUGGAGGUUGUUACAGCAGUAGGGGGACCCUUCAGUCCAAUUCACAAUCUCUCAGCUUUCUCAACAACAACAACAUUAAUCAAAGGUCGAUUUCUUCGUCUUCUUCUUCGUCUUCUCCAAUGGACAGUCAAAGCAUUUCCUUUUUCAUGGCUACACCUCCGCCUCUUGAUCACCAUAGCCACCAGCUUCCGGCUGCUUUUGACGGCCGGUUAUAUCUCUACUACGGUGAAGGAAACCGGAGCUCCGAGGAUAAAGGAAAGGAUCGGAGAUAGGAAAAAGCUUCAGAAGUCUCCAUCUUGGAGAGGAAGUGAGAGAAGACGUUGGAUGCGCAGCCUAAAGCUUAUCUUUUGAUCCUCCAUCACGAUCAUAAGCCUGAUUCUCUGUUCACAGAGUUGUGCCUCUUUGAUACCAAUAAGGCAAUUUGCCUUAGGCCACUUAAUUUGUUUGUAAAAUUAAGAGCCACAUUUGACAUUUCUAUGCAAAUGGUUUGUUUCAGUUGGUCAAA